AGAGGAAGAAAAACAUCAGAUCCAGAGCACUUGCUGCUGUCAUUCAGUGUCUUUGCUGCAUUUAGCGACGUUUUUCCUUCAGGAUCCCGUGGAAAGGACGGACUUUUGAUUAUUUUAUUUGGUUAUUUAAAACCUGUUCACACCAAACCUGCAAUAAACUAUACGUUCUUCAAGAUGUCCCAGCAAUAGAUAAAAUGGAUGUACGUCGACCAUCUAAUUAGUUUAAAAAGUACAAAAUAACCAAGUCAAGAGAAAACCCUACUGCUUCACUCGCUCCAAUAGAGGAUCGUUUUGUCAGUCUGACACUUCCGCUGGAUUUACUUCAGGUUUUACAGUGAAUCGGACAGUAUUUAAGAGGCUCUUUUCGAUAAACACAAGGCCGGUUUCUGUUGCUCGAACCUUGUGAGCCAUAAUGGCUAAAGUGCAGGUGCUAAACGUGGCUGUUCUGGAUAAUCCCAGUCCUUUCAGAAACCCGUUUCAAUUCGAAAUCACAUUUGAGUGUAUGGAGGACCUACCUGAAGAUCUAGAGUGGAAGAUCAUCUACGUGGGCUCUGCGGAGAGUGAAGAAUACGACCAGAUCCUGGACUCGGUUCUGGUCGGCCCAGUUCCUGCAGGCAGACAUAUGUUUGUGUUUCAGGCGGACGCUCCAAACACAGGGCUGAUCCCCGAGAGCGAUGCAGUGGGCGUGACCGUAGUGCUGAUCACAUGCACCUAUCGGGGACAGGAAUUCAUUCGCAUUGGUUACUAUGUAAACAAUGAGUACACAGACCCUGAGCUACGGGAAAAUCCACCCGUCAAACCCAACUACACACAGCUGCAAAGGAACAUCCUGGCGUCUAACCCUCGCGUGACCCGCUUCCACAUUAACUGGGAGGCGACUAUGGACAAGAUGGAAGAUUCGGAGAAUGUCGACCCUGCCCCCAACGCCAUGCUCCCGCCCACCUCCAUGCCUGGCAAAGCCCCGCCCCUUGGACUCAUGCCUGACAAUUCUAUGGAUUGCCUAUAGAACCUGAAUACAACAACAACCUCAUACAUAAAGUAAUAAAUUGUAUUAUUUUGUAUUUAUACACCUACAUGUUCUUACAGUUGUGAUUGGACACUCAGCUCAAUCCUCGAUCACACACCUGAAGUGCUCAGGUAGUCGUGGGACUCGCAGGCAUCGUCUUGCACUCCCUGUUCUGAACAGCAGGGGGCCGAACCUGCAGCACCAGCAGACAUGGACUGUUUUCUUCUGUUUUUUAGGUGGUGCACUUCACUAGUGAGGUGAAUCCCAUGAAAACAUGUUCGGCUCACAUUUUUUUAAAAAAUUAGAAAUUAUAUUUUGCAUAAAGAAUGAAACAUUCUAGGACCAUUAGUAUUUUUGCACUUUGAAAUUGUUCUCAAAUGUUUUCCCCCAAAUUGUCAUUACUGUAACACACACACAAAGCUCAAUUUCAUUAAUGUAAUGCAAAGUUGAUUUAAACUGAAGUAUCCAUACUUCAUGAUUGUUUUGAGAAAUUAAUGUCGAGAAUCAUCACUGAAAAUAAUAGGAUUUACAAAAAAUCUUUUUUGUUUUAAAAUGUGACCCUGACAGGUUUUUGUGUGAUUCGUCCUGUGAUGCUUUUGGAGCGACUUUUUUUGGGAAUGCUCAGAUAUGGAACCCGACCUUUGGAACUCGUCACAAUUCUAGAUCUGUUUCUGUUUUGUUGGGAUGUGAGGUUAUUUAGAAUCAAUUUUUCGUUUUGUUUUAAACUGAAUACCCAUUGGUACUUUUGUUUACCUUUUUUUCUUUCCAUGUGAUAUUUGUUUAUGAAAAGUCUUAGAUUUAAUAAAUAUUAACUUUUGUCUUU